GCGCCCGCGUGAUCGCGCACCGAGGGGUCCGCACCGUGGGCGAGGAGCAGCGAGGCCACGGCGGCGCCCCCACCCCCGGCGCAGGCGUGCAUCAGCGCCGUGCGCCCCAGGCGGUCUGCGAUGUUGGGGUCCGCGCCUUGCUCCAGGAGAUUGGCCGGGAGGACGCACCAAUGGGGAGCUCUGAGAGGCGGACCUACAGCGCCACCAGCUAGAGGAAGACCAGCAAAUUUCAAGUUGGCUGCGACGUGGGCUCCGCGUGGGGGAGGGGCAGCAGGUGGAGUCUACAUAAUUUAUUUGGAAUCCUGUACGAGAGGUUUUUCUCACUGGAUCACUGAAUACCCAGGCCCCCUCCACCAUGGCCAGUCGGGGUGGGGGCCGGGGUCGUGGCCGGGGCCAGCUGACCUUCAACAUGGAAGCUGUGGGCAUUGGGAAGGGCGAUGCUCUGCCUCCACCCACCCUGCAGCCUUCUCCACUCUUCCCUCCCUUGGAGUUCCGCCCCGUGCCUCUGACCUCAGGAGAGGAAGGGGAAUAUGUCCUGGCACUGAAGCAGGAGCUACGAGGGGCCAUGAGGCAGCUCCCCUACUUCAUCCGGCCAGCUGUCCCCAAGAGAGAUGUGGAGCGUUACUCAGACAAAUAUCAGAUGUCAGGGCCGAUUGACAAUGCCAUUGAUUGGAACCCUGAUUGGCGACGUUUACCUCGGGAGCUAAAGAUCCGAGUGCGGAAGCUACAGAAGGAACGGACCACCAUCCUAAUCCCCAAGAGGCCCCCUAAGAACACAGAAGAUAAGGAAGAAACAAUACAGAAACUGGAGACCCUGGAGAAGAAGGAGGAAGAAGUGACUUCAGAGGAAGAUGAGGAAAAAGAAGAAGAAGAAGAGAAGGAAGAGGAAGAAGAAGAGGAGUAUGAUGAAGAAGAACAUGAAGAGGAAACUGAUUACAUCAUGUCGUAUUUUGACAAUGGAGAGGACUUUGGGGGUGACAGUGAUGACAAUAUGGAUGAGGCUAUAUACUGAAGAAGGACCCUGAAUGAUACCCUGGACCUUCGGCUCUUUCUUGAUUUAAGAUAGAGAGAGUAACUGUGCCUAUUAUUUGGCUUUAUGGACAGGCAAAGCAUUUGCUUAGAGUCCAGAGAAACUCUUUGGCCCUGGAGACAGAAGUGAAAAAUGAUGACGGAUAGCUCUCUUUUCUACUCUUCCUCUCCCUCCACCCUUGUGUCACCUCUCUUAGCUUGGGAAAAGGGCAAAAGACCAAUGUCUGAAUUGUAUGAAAGAAAGAAGGGUCGAAAGAAACGAGUUGUUAGAGCUGAAACAGCUGUACAUGUGUCCCCACCCACUUUUUUUUCCCCAGCCACUUUUUUAUAGUGAAAGAUCAUUGAGGGUGUGUGCAGUUAGGAGGCGUAAGGCCAGUUUUAUAUUUUUAAAUAAAAUGUUUUUAUCUGUCUCUCUGUCCAGGGUGAGGCCUGGUGGGCGAGGCCUUGAGGGAAACGAAGGUUGCCUAGCUAGGCCAUUCUUUCCUUAUCCAUCAGAGUCCAGUGUGACACACUGGGGGGUGCAGCUUUCCUGUCCUUUACCCCUGCCCUCCCACUCCCAUGUAGGACACUCCCAAUCUAGCCCUGCCAGGGAAUAUUCAGGAACUCAUCGCUGAGGCUGUGCAGAGUGAGUAGGAGAGAAUAGCCUCAUGCCCUGAAGACCCGCUGGCUUCUGAGCCCCUGGUCCUCAGGCCAUGGGACACAAUUGUCUCUUUCCAUAUGUGGACACGGCCCUCUCUUUCCCACACUUGACCUUGAUCUUGUCCUUGUUUACAAGGAAAGAUUACAGCUAUUUUUGUGAGAGUCAAGAAAGCCAGGUGCAGGGAGGGAGGAGGGAAGAGGUGCUGAUUCUUCCUCAGCACACACCCUCUUCCAGGCAUGGGGGAUUCCACAUUGAAAGAUAGGUCUCUGAAAAGGGAAUCCCCAUUCUCUACUUCCAGAAGCUGCUUUAUGGCUGACUUGCAGCUUCUCUUUUGGUUCUUCCUUUGUGGAAUUUAGUUAGCCUUUCCUACUGCCUUCUUGGGGUAGAGGGGUAGGCGGUAUUACUUUACAGGAAGUAAGGAGGGUGGGGAGGAGGGGAGUGACUUAGGGACACUCAUAGCUCUGAGAGAUGCUUUCUCGCCCACACAGCUCUCCCUGGGGUGAGGUCACUUCCCUACGCUCUGAUUGGCUUCCUAUGAAGCCCUCGAUGAGCUGAUUGGUUGCAGCCACUUGACAUGCAACAGUCACGGGCGAGCUGCGUGUCCAGAAUAGGGACUGAAUAACGAGGCAGGCACCGAAAGCUGGUAUGCUGUCAUAGCGACCCUUCUAAACAGUUGAAAGUCCUAAAGAGGGGAUGCAAGAGAACCUUCAAGAAAUUUUCCAACCAUAUUCAGGCAGGCAAACUGAAUCUUCAGCUUCAAGUGAUAGAGAUUGGCAAUGUCAUGCUAGAUAUUUCUGACCCCAUUGUAAAAAAUGGAUAGAGGCUGUGACUCCAUUGAGGGAAAGCACCUUGAAACCCUGGUGUGGCCAUGGUAAUAGAUGUUAAGGUAGAGGCAGCCAAGAGAACAGAGGAGGAAGCCGGCAUUGAAAGAGAACAUUCCAGAGUUACUGAGCAA